AUGGACAAACACAAAUUACGCAUCAGUCAAGAAACUCUUGACAUGGAUCUCUGGAUCAGUAAACUGAAAGAUGCAGCAGGUUACCUGACUUUUCAUACAAGAAAGGAUUUAUAUAACCUUGAAUCCCUUAAGAAAGACCUGGUGUCUGACACCACUUUUAUUCAGACUGCAAAGCAACCUUCAGACAGCCCACCAACAGGUGCGACCAAGAAAUCUAUUACACUGCCACAAUUAGUCACUCAAAAGGCAUACAGAAGGAAAACAAAAGCUCAACCAAGCACCCUUCAAAAGACUAAAAAUGUAUACCAAUAUGUCAAAAAAGAGAUUGUAAAACAUCCAACAACAGAUGCAACAAAGCCUACAGAUACAUUUUCUACAUUGAAAGAGAUAAAUUCAAGUUUGAAAGAGAGCCCUGAGGUCCCAGGUGGAGGUUUUAAAAGGAUCACAGACACCCAGAGUGCCAAUCUGCCUUGUGGGGAAGGUCCUAUGAAUAUCAUUGCACAAAAGGAAGUAAAAAGGUUAGCUGAAUCACCAGGAACACCACUUCUUAAGAAGAUAUUACAAGAAGGUAACACAAGUAAAAAUAUUGGGAAGUAUGAUGAUUUUCACAAAGUUGGGAAGAAGCCGUCUUUGAAAAUCCCAGAACAAACUCCUGAGGGAUGGAAAAUCAAGGUGAAAUCAAACACAAAAGCAAAUGAUAUACAAAAGGAUCAUGAUCACAAAUUCUACCCCUUGCCUUUAGGAAUUUAUCACCAGAAAAACUAA